AUGUCUGCAAAAUUGGAAGGGUGAUUCUAGCUGAUGUUAGACCCAAUUGUUCCCAGGAGAUUUCAAAAUUGAGGAAACUUGUCUUUGAUCUUUUCGGGGAGAUUUGGGAGCUUUCUGUGAAGUCAAGAGUAUUUUGAUAGAGCUUUUCUUUAUUUGGUUUGUCUUUAGUAUAGUUUCUCCACCCUGCUACAGGUGGAAACAGGGUGACCCAUGUUAUCUACUGAAUGCUGACUUAGCUUCUGGGUCACUGUUGCUGCGUUUACACAGACAGCCCAAUUUUGAUAUUUUUUUCACUAAUUGGUCUUUUGACCAAUCAGAUCAUCUCUGAAAAAGAUCUGAUGUGAAAAGAUCUGAUCUGAUUUGUCAAAAGACCAAUUAGUGGAAAAAAUAUCAGAAUUGGUCUGCUUGUGUAAACGCAGCCUGUGCAGUCCGAUCUGAUUACAGACUGCAGGGUGAAUAGCUGCAGACCCAGACUGGAUCACUUUCCAGCACAAUGCAUUAUUAAUCUAAGGGAUAGAUGACACAGAAACUCAGGGUUUAUCAGGCCAUGCUGUAGCGUAGCUUCACUGUGCACUGUUCAGAGUAAAGGCACAGCGGUAACACGUUACUUAAAGCAUGCAGGUAUAAUGCUUAUAACUUGUUGUAAGUAUGUUUAAGCCUUUAUAUUGUCUUACAAUUAAGUCUCUCUAUGUAUAAAAAUGCCAACUUAGAUUAUCAUAAACUCUUGAGUCUAUAGCUUUCAUGAUUAGGUGCUGGGACAUGCACGUUCUUUGGACAAUUUACCAUUGGGCAGUUUUCUAGGAAUUGUAUAAAAAAUGCAGUAUGUGUGUUGAAAUUAUCAUGGAAUGCACUUUAUUUUGUUUUUGUUUUUUAUUUGUUCAAUAUAAACCUAGUAGUUGAUGUGAAGUUAUGCAAUGCACACUUUAAGUGAAUACAUUGGCAAAACAACAAUAUUGCUUGAGAAAUGUAUGUCAUUGAAACACAAUGAUCUAACAAUAGCACAUAACAUGAUGAGAUAUUUCGGUAACAAUUUACUUGACAUCCGGCGUCAUAACACGUUAUGACAUGGUCAUAACCUGUCAUAAUAUGGUCAUAACACUGUCAUGACACAUAUGUAGACCUGUUGUGACAUAUAUAGUGUUCUUUUAUGGCUGGUAAUGACCCCUACAUAAGAUUGUCAAAACCCACGAAACCUACCACACAAGGCAAAACAUUCCAUUACACCAUAGCCUACUUGUCAACUGUUUGUUUAUGUUAUAUAACAUUUUCCGUAAUUGACCAUAUUAAAUUAUCAUUGUAAUUGGGUGUACAUUGAUGUCAUACAUGCACCUACCCCAAUGCUCUGUUGCUGAUGACUGGGAUGAAUGCAGGAGCAGAUUUCAGGAGCAGGACAAGACACCCUCUUUGUGACUGAUGACUGACAUAAGGGCAUGUACGUGAUAGGCCUAUCUGGCUUAUAUGAUUAUGAUGGUCAUAAUGCUUCUUGGCAGUGUCAUAAAGUGUAUUUUCUUAGUCCAAGUAAAGUGACACAGGAUGGUCCUAAUUCUUCUUGACAGUGUCAUAAAAUGUAUUUUCUACAAGCUUUUAAAAUUUGAUGAAAAAAACAUGACUGUGAAGAAUUCAUUACAACAACAACAAAGGAAUUAAGAAACAAACUUUCAAAUGAAAGGAAACUUAUUUGCAGGGAAAAAACACAUUUGAAUAAAUGUGGGUUUGACGCUCUUAUGUAGGUGUCAUAACCAGCCAUAAAAUAAUAUUGUGUUAUGUUUUAUCACAACAGGUGUAAAUAUAUGGGUCAUGACAGUGUUAUGACCAUAUUAUGACAGGUUAUGACAAGUUAUGUCAACUGUUGUGACAUUAUGACAUGGUUAUGACCAUGUCAUAACGUGGUAGGUGCUGGGUGUCAAGUAAAGUGUUACCCAAAUUUCAAUUAAGCCUAGAGAUAACCAAAACGUAUUGAACAGAGUGGAUGUCUAAGAGUUGUUCCAUUACCGGAGGCACACAAUGUCCUGAUUGGAAACAGCCAUCUGACUGAGCUGCUGUGUGUGUUCCCAAAUAAUUGGCCACAGGAGACAGUGGAUCCAAGGGACUAGCACAAUCCAUGUCAAUUAUAAAGUUGAGGUCAUCGAUGAACCAUAAUCUUAGAAGAUUUCAGGACUGCCAGUCCAUUGUUUUGGUACACUGGAUAACUUCAACUUAUUUUUCCUUCAGAUAACUUCUAUUUGGAACCAUGGUUGGCAAACAGGGGAGGCAAUGGAGGUCGUUGUGCAAAGGCCUUGUCCUGGGUACCCUACUCACUAGCUGUAUGAUCCUGCUCUACUGCCUUUCUGGGCCACAGGCCCAAUUCAACCUGCCUGAGUAAGCAGGGGAUGUUGGUGCAAUGGUUGGGCAUCCUUUGCAGUAGAUAACGCAUCAACAACAUUCAGUAGCAUUAUACAGUGCAUUCUGAAAGUAUUCAGACCCCUUGACUUUUCCCCAAAAAAAAUUACGUUGCAGCCUUAUUCUAAAAUGGAUAAAAUUACUUUUUUCCCUCAUCAAUCUACACACAAUACCCCAUAUUGACAACGCGAAAACAGGUUUUUCUAUUUUUUUGUGGAAAUGUCUAAAAACCAGUUUUCGGUUUGUCAUUAUGGGGUAUUGUGUGUAGAUUGAUGAUGGGGGGGGGGGGACAAUUUAAUUCAUUUUAGAAUAAGGCUGUAACGUAACAAGAUGUGGAAAAAAGGAAGGGGUCUGAAUACUUUCUGAAUGCACUGUAUAUGAUAUAGCCCACAGAUGAUACAGAUAACUUUAUUUGCCAUAUUAAUGAUUGUAGUAAUCUACUGUACUAUGAGAGGCAAAAGGAGUUUUGCAGUCUUCUACAACAUUGCAUAAUAGUAAAUCAGUCUAUAAUGUUGGUAAUUUCAUAAUGUGUUGUAUUUGUACGCUUACUCUCCAUAGGGGUCCAGUGCCUUACUCCUGUGCCCAUCGACCUGCUCAAGCCCACACCAGACUUAUCACAAACAGCUCCCACCAUGCAGCGGGGCAGACAGGCAUCUGCACUCCCAAAGUGGACAUCAUGUUCAUGAAAACCCACAAGACAGCCAGCAGCACGCUCCUCAACAUCCUCUUCCGAUUUGGAGAAAAGCACCGGCUAAAGUUUGCCUUCCCAAACAGCCGUAACGACUUCUUCUACCCCUCUCCAUUCCAGAGCUCCCAGGUCAAGGACUACAGGCCUGGCAUGUGCUUCAAUAUCAUCUGCAACCACAUGCGCUUCAAUGCACCUGAGGUGGCCAAGGUGCUCCCUACAGACACCUCCUACAUCACCAUCCUCAGAGACCCGUCUGAGCUCUUUGAAUCCUCCUUCCACUACUUUGGCCGCCUGGUGCCCAUGACCUGGAAAAUACCAGGCGAGGACAAGGUGGGGGAGUUCCUGCGCGACCCCCGCCACUACUUUGACCCCAAUGGCUUCAACUCCUUCUACCUCAAGAAUCUGCUGUUCUUCGACUUUGGGCAGGACAACACUCUGGAGCUAGGCGACCCGCGGGUGGAGGAGGGCAUCCGGGCCAUCGCAGGCCGCUUCCAGCUGGUCAUGUUGGUGGAGCACUUUGACGAGUCCCUCAUGCUGCUCAAGGAUGCCCUCUGCUGGGAAAUGGACGACCUGCUCUUCUUCAAGCUCAACGCCCGGAAGGGCUCCACCGUGUCCAAACUGACCCCGGAGCUGAGGGCCAAGGCCCUGGAGUGGAACGCCGUGGACUGGAGGCUUUACCAACACUUCAACGCCACCUUCUGGAGGAAGGUGGAGGCAUACGGACGCCAGCGGAUGGCCGACGAUGUGGCGGAGCUCCAGAGGAGGAACGCAGAGAUGGCGGCCGUCUGUAUCGAGGGAGGCCAUGCUGUGGACGCAGGGAGCAUCCAGGAGACAGCCAUGCAGCCCUGGCAGCCCAUCGGGGAGAAGUCUAUCAUGGGCUACAACCUGAAAAAGAAUGUGGACAAGGCCCACCGCAAGCUGUGCCUUAAGAUGCUCACCCCAGAGCUGCAGUACCUGACAGAGCUGGGGGUCAACCUUUGGAUCACUAAACUGUGGGGUCAUGUGAGAGACGUUAUCAACUGGUGACUAGAGGGUCACUAGAGAGACACGAGCAAGAGGGGCCAAGAGAGCAUGGCUGUGGCUGUGUGCCUGCUUGUGUGAGAGCCCCUAUUGGAUCGCAUAUGACCUCCAUGGCCUGAAUGCCUGCAUAAGAUCAUAGGGGGUUUUGUUUUGCAUAGCCUCCUCAAUCAUCGCAUGAUGAACUCUUCCUCUGUGUCAGCAGUAUUGACUUGUUUGCCUUAAAUAGAGUACAUGUUUGUAGUAUGUAAUGUACCUGACAGGUGCUUGAGAACCGCAACGUUUGCGUUAGAAUCUGAAGAUAAGCAUACCUCUUUAAAACGUGUUUGUGUUUAUAGGUAUAGCAUACUGAAUACCCUUUAUACCCUCAGCCCUGCCAAUCUUAGAGUAUUUUUUAAAUAAAGACUAAAUUAAAAAGAUGUCUGUUGAUUUGCUUUAUCAAGGUUGUU